AAGAGUUUUUUUUGACUGUCAAAGAAGGUGAAACCAUUAUUUCAGGACCGUGCCGAAGUGCUACUGGUUAGUGACUUCAGUGUCUUUUAAACAGCAAACAGUGCAGAUCUGAAAUUGACAGAUGUAACUUUGCACUUUACUGACUGUUUAAAACAGUGAACUGGACCGCUGGCUACUGGUACACCUGCAAUAUGUCUACUGGUGAAAAUACUUUGCUGCUAUCCCUGAUUAUUGCCGCUUGUUUCACAACCCUAACAGCUAAUGGACAAAAGGCUCCACACCCAGAAGUGGUUACUAAAUAUGGGAAACUGCGAGGACAGCAAAUCAAAGUUGAUGGAGCUGAAAGAUCUGUAAAGGUUUUUCUGGGAAUACCUUUUGCAAAGCCACCUGUUGGACCGUUGCGAUUUUCCCCACCGGAACCAGCUGAGCCAUGGAAGGGCCUCAGAGAUGCAACUUUCUACCCACCCAUGUGCCUACAGGAUCCAGUGGCUGGGCAGCAGCUAUCUGACGCAUUUACUAACAGAAAAGAAAAACUUCCUUUCCGAGUUUCUGAAGACUGUUUGUUUUUAAACGUGUACACACCUGCCAGUUCGGACACAGACAUGUUACCUGUUAUGGUAUGGAUCCAUGGAGGUGGAUUAGUGAUUGGUGCAGCUUCAACAUAUGAUGGGUCAGCACUGACAGCCUUUGAAAAUGUGGUGGUUGUAACAAUUCAGUACAGACUAGGGAUCCUUGGAUAUUUUAGUUCUGGUGAUGAACAUGCUCGUGGAAACUGGGGCUAUUUGGAUCAAGUGGCAGCUCUUCAGUGGAUUCAAGAAAAUAUUGAGUAUUUUGGAGGAGAUCCAGGAUCUGUCACUAUAUUUGGCGAGUCCGCGGGAGGAGUCAGCGUUUCUGCCCUUGUCUUAUCUCCUCUGGCAAAGGGCUUGUUCCAUAAGGCCAUCUCAGAGAGUGGAGUUGCAAUCAAGGCUUUGUUUACCGCUCAUCCUGAAGCACAAGCUAAUAAAAUUGCUAGGGUAUCUGGCUGUCAAUCAACCAGCUCUGCUGCAAUGGUUCAUUGUCUAAGGGAAAAGACAGAAGAAGAGAUGAUGGAAAUAACACUAAAGAUGGAAUACACAAGAUUACCCUUGAAUGCUUCUUCUGGAGACUCUGAAAUGUCCAUGUUUAUCUCUGCAGUUAUGGAUGGUGUAUUUCUUCCCAAAAGCCCUGAGGAGCUACUCGCUGAAAAAAAAAUUAAUGCAGUCCCAUAUAUAAUAGGAGUAAAUAACAAUGAAUUCGGAUGGUUACUUCCUAAUAUGGUGAAAUUUCCUGCUUUCAUGGAAGGUUUGGAUAAAGAAACAGUAAAAGCACUGCUCCUCAGCUCGGAGUUCUUUACAAGCAAUAUAGAGGAACCUACUCAGCUACGAGAUGGGCUUUUUGAAUUGCUGGGAGAUGUAGUAUUUGUUGUUCUAAGCAUUCAAACAGCUAGAUAUCACAGAGAUUCUGGCAACCCUGUCUAUGUUUAUGAGUUUCAUCAUCAAUCAAGUUCAUAUAAAGGUGUUAGACCAGACUUUGUAAAAGCAGAUCAUGGCGACGAAAUUGGUUAUGUCUUUGGAAAGCCCUUCUUAGCUGGUGAUGCUACAGAAGAAGAGAGUAAACUCAGCAGAACAGUCAUGCAAUACUGGGCUAACUUUGCUCGAAAAGGCAAUCCUAAUGGUGAAGGUUUGGUGAACUGGCCAGUGUAUAAGCGGGAUGAACAAUACCUUAUAAUAAACUUGGUGCAGAAAGCAGCAACGAAACUGAAAGAGAACAGAGUGAAGUUCUGGACAAAGACCCUGCCUAAAAAGAUGGCUGAAGGGAAGAGAGAACGCACAGAGUUAUAAACUGAGAAGCAUGUGGGUCGCUUUUAUUACAGUUACAGUUGCCAGAUACCUUCACAGAAAAUCCCGAACAGGCUGGGAAAAAUUGGUUGAGCAAAAAAGAGGUCACUGUGCCUUUAAAUUACCACAGUCCUCGCUCCCCCCACCCUCGCAGAUGCUGCCGGCCUUCCAUCUGAGGAAAAUAGAAAAUACCAGACAUGUAAA